GUAUAUUUUUGGAGUCGAAAGGUAUCAUUUUAACUGUACAGCAUGUGUGUAUGCAUGUAUGGGCGCAUAUAGGUGUGUGCGUAUGUUUAUAUGUAUAUAUCGUAUGUCAGUGUGUAAUAUAUGAUGUAUUUCUCAGGGAAAGAACAUAUUUGUGGCCGACCUCUAUGUUGUCGCGACAUGGCGUAAGCCUACAGAAUGUGACCCACUCAUGCAUUUGCCUAUUGACGUCAAAAACAGAGAUGCUGUCGUUGUUCCCAUUUGGCAACCUGGACACUUCAUGUUAUCUAAACCUCUGCCAGUCUAUUAAUGCAGGGACUUGGACAGAGAUAAUUGGAACAGAUAUACAGGGUUUCCCGGGACAGCCAUAUGGGAAUGACUGUGGCAUCUUCAUGUUGAUGUAUGCUUUGUACGGUGUUCUGGACGCUCCCUUUGAUUUUAACAUCACUGAUAUGCCAACUUUGAGGAAGUGGUGGUGCAUAUUGUUGGUGGAAAAUUUUGAACUUGGGUGCCACGGGAAAGUGUUUGCCCAUUGGACAAAUGAGGCAAAAGCCCUCUUGCAGGGUGAAGUGCCACCAGUCUUCAGGUUGAAGAAAAGGAAAUAUGAUACCAUCGCUGAGGGGGUACAAGACAAAGAGAUGUGGACCAGAGAAAUGAUCUAAUAUAUCUUCAAUUAGACAAUGAAAAAAUAAAAGCAUAGCACGUUACAACAAUGUUGUCAUUUCUGAUGAUGAAUGAAUGAAUGUUUGAAAUAAACCACCAUUACUUGGAGCAGUUGAAG